ACUCGUUUGCAAGUGCUCAGCCAAGACAAUGAACCAGCAUUUCCUUUUCCUUUUAUUCCUCUCCUUCAAUCCCUAUAAAUGCCAAGAUCAAAUUCUGGGUGAAGAUCCAUAUGAAAUGCCCAAAGACUACCAGGAGGUCUACAGAGGGACAAAAAAUGAUGUCAAAGAGAUCCCAAAGAUUGCAAAGCCCUUUGUUUCUGAGAUGAUUUUUGUUCAAACCAGCAUCACUGCUAUAAGGAAAGGUGCCUUCAGGUACAUGCCCAACCUGAUCAAGAUUUUAUUCAUUGGCAACAAGAUCAAGAUUGUUGAACCUGGAGCCUUUGAUAAUUUGGACAAGUUGAGGGACUUGGACAUCUCUGGUGCCUCAUUAGAAAAACUGUCUGUGGGCACUUUCCAAAACCUCCCAAGUUUACAGAGACUGGAGCUGAGAGACAGCCAGCUCAGAUCCAUCCCCAAAGGCCUGUUUGAUGGGCUGGAAAGUUUGGGAGAGCUCUCCCUGCACAUCAAUGCAAUCCCUUCUCUUCCAGAAGGCAUUUUUGAUUCACUUGUCAAUCUAACUUUUUUGGACCUGUCUAGAAACAGGAUCACAACUCUUUCUGUGAAUGCCUUUAACAAACUCACCCAGCUGCAAGUCCUCCGCCUGUAUGAGAAUGAAUUGCAGGACCUCCCAGAGGGACUGCUAGACAGUCAGCUGGAACUGCUGGAGCUCAGCCUCCAGAGCAACAGGCUCAGGACACUGCCACCCAUGCUUCUGACAAACCUGCCUCACCUGGAGAAACUCCUCUUGGACAACAACCUCAUCAGGGUUCUUCCACCUCAGGGCUUUUUUGGUUUAAACAAACUGAAGUUGCUGACUCUGGGCUCAAACUGCAUUAUGGAGCUUCCCUGCUGCCUUUUUGACACCAUGCUACACUUGCGGGAGCUGGAUCUGGGCAGGAACAGUUUGGCCACCCUUCCAGAUGGCAUCUUUGUCAACCUCACAUCCCUUGGCAAACUCAUGUUGUCCCAUAACCACCUAUCAGCUCUGCCAAGAGGAGUCUUCACUGGGCUCAGCAAGCUCUUGGACCUCCAGUUGGACACAAAUCAGCUCUCUGCUCUGGAUGAAGAGGUCUUUGCUUCUCUCCCAAAUCUAAAAACCCUCAACCUUCGAAAGAACCAGUUGGAGAGUGUUCCUCAAGGGCUCCUAGACCCUCUGAAGAAGCUCAGCUCAGUGUAUCUUAGUGGUAACCCAUGGAGAUGCGACUGCAACCUCUGCUACCUGCACGGCUGGAUCCUAGGCAACAGGGAGAAGGUCAAAUUGUCCACCCAAGUCUUCUGCAAGAGCCCACCCCACCUGGCAGGGCAAGCAGUAACAUUGCUGACAGAUGAACACCUGAUAUGCCCAGGAACUCUGCCAUUUAACUCUACAACAUCACAAAGGACGUCAACAUUCCUGUCACAUGGAGUCGUGUCCACAGCAGCACCAACAAUGCUGUUGUUGGCAUCCUUUCCCGCCAGGACACUGCCAACCACUCUUUCACCUGUGGUCACCUCCGUGCUGCCAGCCAUGCCAGUGGAGGCUGCCUUCACCCCUCUGUCACCAAUCAAGCCAUCUAAGGCCUUUGUCACCAUCCCACCUCCAGCUGUGCUGCAGAAAGCUUUCAAUGCCAGCCCAUCAACAACCAGUAAGCCCAGGACCUCACCCAGGUCCUUCAUCACCACACCAUCACCAACUGUGCUACCAAAAGCCUUCAUCAGCACUUCAUCACCAACCCUGCUGCCAAAGGCCUCCACUGCCACACCGUCAUCAUCAGCUGAGAUGACCGAGGUUUCCAUCACCACCUCAUCAUCAGCUGUUUCAACUUCAGCCAUCCUAAGGCUACAGUCUCCUGGGGCCACCCACCCAGAACCUGUUCCAUCCACCCUAGCUUCUGCCACCACACUGGUGCCAACAAGCCCACUGGCAGGCACCACCAGACAAGAGCCUCCUGCUCUCUCAGUGCCCAGGGUGAGGCCAGCCACAAUCCCACAGGGAACAUCCACAACCCUUCCUGUCUCAGCUUCCUCUGUGGCUCUCCAGCCAUUCCCCAGGACUGCUGCUGUGGGCACAGUCCCGCUGGCCUCACAUUCACCAUCACACCAUGCUCCUGCACCGGGCAGGGAAUGGGACUAUUCCACCAUGUGUGACUUGUCUGCAGCUGGUGCCCAGCCCACCUCCACUGCCCCCCAACACGCUCCUGCCCCAGCAGGCACCGUCCUUCUCCCAACGCCUCCCAUCCCCACACCAUCAGACAGCACGAGCCCCUGUCCAGCCUCCCCACCCCUGGCCCCCAGCACUCAUCGUGCCUGGGGCUUGUCCCUGUGGACCAGCCCACGGCAGUGCCAGGUGUCCCUGGCCUUGGGGCUGGCCGUGCUGGCACUGCAGGCAGCCUGCACGCUGCUGGGAGGUGUGGUCGCUCUCCUUCUUCACCAGUACACCCGUCACUGCCCCGGGCCACCUGUGAGGCUGCUGAGCCUUCAGGCCCUGGCUGCUCCGAGGACCCCUGAGCCAGCCGCGAGCUUGGCUGUCCCUGUAUGACCUCCUUCGGGUCUGCAGCCGUGCUGGCCGCAGGGUGCGCUGUCCCUGGGAUGGGGGUCCCAGCAGCCAGGCUAUUUUGGGAUGACUCCUGACCAUGCUGGGAACCUGCAAGCCUAUGUGCGGUGUCCCUGCCUGGCGGCCCUUCUGCCGAGGGACACUAGAUGGCAUCCCGACACAGGCAGUGGCUGCCACCGCCGGACCGCGGCCACCGAAACGCCGCAGCCCCCGCAGCCGCCGGCCGGACCCCGCCGCACCGCGGACACGGCCGAGCUCUUUGCUCGUAGGCUCGGGAGCCCCUACCCGAAUCUCCUCCCAUCCCUGGAAAGUGUUUGCAGUCUUUGAGGAAAAAUAUCACAAAACUUCCUGCCCUGCACCGUCUUCUUCCCUGUGCCACGUUACAGGAUGUGGCAGUGUCUGUACCACCAUCAUACACAGACCUCCUCCCCUGUCCCUCUACCUUUUCUCCUCCCUGAUAUUAAAGUCUCCCCUGCACGUC